GUUUGUUGAAUCUAGAUCUAUUGUUUGGCCCAGAACUAGCACAUCAGGGAGUGUAACAUUGCUGAGUUGUGGCAAUAGAUCCAGCGAGAAUGGCCAAUAGGACAGCAAUGUUCAGUCCCAUAAAUAGUGCCAACAUAAUGCAGGCAGGCCAGGAGGCGCCUACUAUUGUUAAUCAACCAGAAGGGAUGGUACACUAUGUGCAAUAUGCAGGCCAGCAAUUUGGAAACCCCAGCAACCCACUUCAGCAGAUCCCACAAACGGGGGUGAUGGAGAAACUCCUCAAAGUAGAGACCAAGACUCUGGGGGCCAUACAAAUUAUGAUUGGAUUGAUACACAUUGGCUUUGGGACUCUCUUACAUUUUGUUGAUGAUAGAAUGGACUUCCUGCGUUUUGCCACUUUUGGACAAUAUCCAUUAUGGGGUGGUCUACUAUUCAUUAUUUCUGGAUCCCUAUCUGUACCUGUUGAGAAAUACCUAAACGUCAACUUGGUGAAAUGCAGUGUGGGGAUGAACAUUGUAAGUGCUAUAGCAACAUUAUUUGGCAUCACUGCGUAUAUAGCAGAAUUGGUUGUAAGACAAGGUUAUUCAAACAGACUAUCAGUAAUAUCUAUGGACGCUGGUUUCUCCACCCUGCUCCUCUUGUUUAGCACACUGGAGUUCUGCAUCACUGUUUCGGGGGCGCAUUUUGGUUGCCAGGCCACCUGCUGUUCUAAGGAAGUGGGCAUAGCUUUAGUGCCAUACACUGUCAUUGGAGGCAGUGUGAAUCCUGCAGAAGGCAAUCCUGGUCUUCCAGCCCAUCACAAUGUCACACCUUCUCCAAGUAGUGAGGCUUAAUAAAGAACCCAAGGAGAGCUUAUGGAAGAUGCUAUGCUAGCAACCUAGCCACUGUGGUUAGGAAUGGUUCAUGCGAUAUCCUAAGUCAUAGUUCACAUGUCAUACAGCCCAGAAACUUUCCUUACCCAUAAUGUUGUAAAGAUACACAAGGUUUAAGUGUCAAACUGCCAUAAUUAAAAAACAACAACUAAUUGUACUGCCAUCCCACUCACACUUAACUAGCUUGUUAACCAGAAUGCACAACAGCAUCCAGGAACACCAGUAGGUGUGUUUUAAAAACUAUUUUAAACAAAAUAUGCCAUAUCUUCUCAGUGGUGGCCCCCCGACUGUGGAAUGAUCUUCCCGAUGAAGCUCGCCUGGCGCCAACGUUGUUAUCUUUUCGGCGCCAGGUCAAGACUUUUCUCUUCUCCCAGGCAUUUUAACAGCAUUUAACAACGUUAAGUUUGUUUUUAAUGGACCCCAGAAUUGUUGUUUUUAAAUGGAUACUGUUGUUUUUAUACUGUUUUUAUGUUUUUUUAAAUUUUUGUAUACUUUUAAUGUUUACUAUUUUUAAUUGUUGUAAACAGCCCAGAGAGCUUCAGCUGUGGGGCGGUAUAUAAAUGUAAUAAAAUAAAUAAAUAAAUAAAUAAAUAAAUAUCUAUAAUCAUUUACAGAAAACCCAAUAUUUAAUACGACAUAGGAUAAACUUUUCAUUGAAAGAUGGAGAUGAUUUAUGAUGUAUUGGAAUAAUAAUAAAAAAAAUGUCAUACAGCC